AUGGGGAGGGCAGCGCCGAGCCAGAGCAGUUCGCUGCGGGCUGCUCCGGAGCACGUGGCUCCCCGUUCGCCUGUCCCUCCUGAGGUCCCUCCGCCGGCUGCUGCUCCUCCUCCUCUCGUCCCUGCCCCGUCCGCUCCUUCACCUUCCGUAGCCCCGCCGGCUCCCGGCUCCCGCCUGCAUCUGCCGCCAGUUCCGCCUGUCGCGGGGGUAGAGUUCGUGGCAGCGGGUGGUGGCGCGGCGGCGGCUCAGUAUGCAGCUGAUGAGUCGCUCCCGUUCCUGGCGGCGGCUCUACAGCCUCCGCAGACGCGCGUUCCCGAGACAACGCUUGGUCAGCUCCACCGUCUCGCGGAGAGCCUGCAUGCUCUGCUUCUGAUUCAGGUGCUUGCGCACUCAUCUCUUCCUGCUGUCCCCCCCGAGUCCUUUCGCAGCCACCUGCGUGACCCGUGCCUCGACGCGGCUGACCAGCUCGCGGUGCUGCUGGCGCCCGUGCUGGCUGCGCCCGCGGAGGGAGGCGCUGCUGCCGCGGGACAGCUUGGCGAGGCUGUCCGUGGACUGCGGCGACACUUGCACGCAGGAUCUGGAGCCGCGGCGAUCGGCGCAAGCACUCUCGUGGUCCGGGAGCUUUGGCGCUCCCUGACGGGCAUUCUUCAUGCCCUUGGGGCUCACCGCAUGUAG